AUGUCGUUUCGUGUGCACCAACUAGUGAUUACUUCUCGGUUAAUAUUAAGGACAAAUCAUAUUGCGAAUUGCAGAAGAAUUAAUGAAUUAUUACCAAGAAGUUAUUCUAGUUAUUCGAAGUCGGAGACUUUUUUAAGCGGGACAAAUGCGAACUUUCUGGAAGCUCAAUAUUUGGAAUGGUCAAAAUCCAAGGGAUCUGUGGAUUCGUCGUGGGACGGCCUCUACGAAAGCAUAAAUAGUCCUAAAUUACAAAUAGACGAGUUUCAGGAUGAUUUCAGUCCCAAAACUGCCAAACCGAAGACUUCGAAAGAAACGGAUACAGCUGUAAGACAUAAGAUUAAACUGCACUUGGCUGUACAAAACUUAAUAAGGAGUUAUCAGGCGCGCGGUCACCUCCUCUCGAAGACGGACCCACUCGGGCUGACGAUGGGCGCGCGGUGGGUUCUGAACAUGCAGAGCGCUCCGCUCGACCUGAUGGGCGUGAACUGCAAGAUCAUUGCCAGGGAACUGGGCACUAUACUAGGAGAGGAACACAUGGACAUGGAAUUUGAACUACCUCCACGUACAUUUAUCGGGGGCAAGGAACUUACUUUAACAUUAAGGGAAAUAAUAAACCGCCUAGAGAACGUGUACUGCUCCUCGAUAGGCGUUGAGUACAUGCACCUGUACAGUCCGGAUGCGCUGCAGUUCAUCAGAGAGCGGAUGGAACUACCCGGCGUGCUGGAAAAGACUGUCGAUGAGAAGCGUCUCAUCAUGAGAAGACUAACUAAGGCCGUUUUCUUAGAGAAAUACUUCGCAACCAAGUGGCCAGCGGAAAAGCGGUUCGGUCUCGAAGGUGGUGAGAGCAUGAUCGUGAUGCUUGAGGAAAUUGUCGACACAAGCACUAAGCUCGGUGUGGAGUCUAUUGUUAUGGCUAUGCAACAUAGAGGUCGUCUCAAUAUGUUAGUGAAUGUGUGUCGCAAACAAUUGACGGACAUUUUUGCGCAGUUCAAGCCAAUGGAACCUAAGGAACCUGGUUCUGGAGACAUUAAGUACCAUUUGGGGACGUACAUACAUCGAUUUAUACGCAAAACCAAUAAAUACAUUAAGGUGUCUAUGAGUUGUAAUCCCUCGCACUUGGAGGUCGUGUCUCCAGUUGUGAUUGGGAAGACGAGGGCUGAACAGCACUUUAAGGGUGAUAAUAAUGGUGAUAAAGUGAUGGCAAUAGUUAUGCACGGAGAUGCUGCUUUCAGCGGUCAGGGUGUGGUCUACGAGACCAUGCACCUAUCUGAACUGCCGGCCUUCACCACACACGGGUCUAUACACAUUGUGUGCAACAACCAGAUCGGGUACACGACGGAUCCAAGAUUCGCGAGGAGCUCACCUUAUUGCUCUGACGUCGCGAAGUGCGUGAACGCGCCCGUGCUGCACGUGAACGGCGACGACCCGGAGGCGGUGGCGCACGUGGCGCGGCUGGCGAUCGAGUACCGUUGCCGCUUCAAGCGCGACGUCGUGCUCGACCUCGUGUGCUACCGCCGCUUCGGCCACAGCGAGGAGGACGAGCCCAUGUUCACGCAGCCCUUCAUGUACAAGAAGAUACGCUCCAUGCGCACUAUUGAUCAAAUAUACGGAGAAAAGUUGAAAGCGGAGGGUGUGGUCAGUGAUGCAGAUAUUAAGGGUUGGGAGAAGGAAUACAUGGACACUUUGAAUAAGCACUUCGAACUCGCUAAAAAGGUCACCAAAUUGAGUAUCAUGGACUGGAUUGACACGCCCUGGACUGGGUUCUUUGAAGCUCGGGACCCAAAGAAGAUCGAAGACACGGGUAUAUCUGAAACAACAAUAUCGACCAUAUCAAAGCACUUCUGCAAACCGCCAGAGCCGUGGGCCUUCGAAGUGCAUAAAGGAAUAAAUAGAAUAUUGCAGAACAGGGAAAAAAUGGUAAAAGAAGGUAUAGCUGAUUGGGCCAUGGGUGAAGCUUUGGCAUAUGGUUCGUUAUUGAGGGACAAAAUACACAUCAGAUUUACUGGCGAAGACGUGGAGAGGGGCACCAUGGCUCACAGGCAUCACGUGUACCACCAUCAAGGUGUGGACGGCGCGACGCACCGCGUGCUCGACACGCUCUACCCGGACCAGUCGCACUACAGCCUGCAUAACAGCUCGCUGUCCGAGUUUGGGAUCCUAGGUUUCGAAGUAGGCUAUUCCUACUCGAGUCCACAUCUGCUGACCAUCUGGGAGGCUCAGUAUGGAGACUUCGCAGACACGGCGCAACCCGUCUUUGAUACGUUUAUCGUGAACGGGGAGAGCAAGUGGGUGUGCCAGUCGGGGCUCGUGGUGCAACUGCCUCAUGGGAUAGACGGAGCUGGUCCGGAACAUUCAUCCGCGCGAGUGGAGCGCUACCUUCAGCAGGCUGAUGAUGACGAGGACAAUAUUCCAGAUCUCGAUGAUAAGGAAAUGGCGUUGAAGCAAUUAAGAGCUGCGAACUGGAUAGUGGCUAACGUGACGUCACCAGCUAACUACUUCCACCUGAUACGGCGACAGAUCGCGAUGCCAUUCCGCAAGCCGGUCAUACUGAUGACGCCCAAAGUGGGCCUGAAACAUCCCUUUUAUCGCUCGCCGUUUAAGGACUUCUUACCUGGGACCUCCUUUCAGAGGGCAAUAGGCGACACCGGACCAGCAAGCCAAAACCCAAAAAAUGUGAAAAAACUGAUUUUCUGUUCUGGAAAAGUCGCUAUCAUAAUAACCGACUUGCUGAAAGAGAAGAAGUUACAAGACAAAAUAGCCGUAUGCCGCAUAGAGCAAUUGUACCCGUUCCCAUACGAUCUGGUGCUGAAGGAGUUCUGCAAGUACGACAAGGCCAAUGUGUUCUUCUGCCAGGAGGAGCAUAAGAACCAGGGACCUUGGCUCUUUGCCAAAGUACGUUUGGAGAACUUGUUUGGGAAGAAGAUUGGGUGCAUUUCCCGACCAUCCAGCCCCGCUUCAGCGACUGGAAUCAAAUGGAUGCAUGCCAAGGAACUGACCGAUCUUAAAAAUAAAAUUGUGGAGCUGUAAAUCGUAUUGUGUGCACAUCG